GUUUUCUCCUGCGUCACAACCAACUCGCCGCGAACCAAGCCUGUGCAUCCUCAAUCUCAAUGAUUGCUGAAUUAACCAACCGGGAAAUCUGAUUUACUUUUUGGUCUGACAAAAUGGGAGAUCCGCGAGCCCUACUACAGAAGGCGGACAAAACUCUACAAGGUGCCUCUGGUGGCUUUAGCUUCUUUGGGGGCAGGACGGAAAAAUAUGAAAAUGCGGCGGAUCUUUAUAUACAGGCCGCAAACGCAUUCAGAGUACAGAAACUAAACAAGGAAGCUGGACUUGCCUUCGAAAAAGCAGCCGCAGUUCAGAGAAACAACCUCAACGAACCGGACGAUGCCGCGAACAGCUUAUCCGAGGCCUUUAAGGUUUACCGCAAAACAGACCCUGAGGAUGCGGCAAGAGUCCUCGGUAGUGCUAUUCAACAUUAUAUAUCCAAAGGAAAUUUCCGGAGAGCGGCCACUCACCAGCAAAACCUUGCGGAGGUUUACGAAGUCGAGAUCGGAGACACCAAGAGAGCCUUGGCGGAGUAUGAGAAAGCUGCGGAAUGGUACGAAAGUGACAAUGCCGAAGCGCUUGCAAACAAAUAUUACCUCAAGGUCGCCGAUCUUGCUGCUAUAGAAGGCGAUUAUUACAAGGCGAUUGCACAGUAUGAAAAAGUCGGCAAAGUCUCCGUCGACAAUAAUUUGAUGAAGUGGUCGGUCAAGGAUUACUUUUUUAAAGCUGGAAUAUGCCAUCUUGCGUCAGGCGACCUGGUCGCCACCAACCGUGCUUUGGAGAGUUAUAGAAACAUUGAUCCCACCUUUGCUUCCACCCGAGAACAUCAACUUCUAGUUGAUUUGUCCGAAGCAGUUGAGCAAGGAGAGCAGGACGCCUUUGCCGAUAAAUUGUUUCAGUUCGACCAAUUGAGCAAGUUGGACAAAUGGAAGACAACCUUAUUUUUACGCAUUAAGGACACUAUUGAGGAGAUCGAAGAAGAUUUCUCAUAAUCUCCUUUCGUCAUUUGUCAUUUCCAAUCCAAUUGCAAUAAACGGUAUAAUUAUACCCUAUAGCUGGUUUUCUAUACGUCUGGCUUCUUAAUUGUCGAUUUCCUUGAUACUUCAUAUCCAUAGUAGUAUACCAGUUGACCUAGUAAAUUAAUUGGUAAUGACUAGCUAAAUUGAGACUGAUAAAUCUUUAACCACAUGAUAGUGACA